GCUUGUUGGGUAUAUAUAUACACACUGCACGUAAAGAAGAAAGAGAAGACGCACGCGUCAACUACACGCGUCCACGUCCCUUCACGAGGGAGCUCCCCUAGUUAUGGCUAUGCCGCUUCGUAUUUCCUCUGUAUUCACUGCGAUGCGAGAACCAUCGGUUUCUCCUCCAAGUUGUCCCUCUUCUUCUAAAGCCUUAGCCAUCAAAUUCUCCCGCGCUUCCUCUCUCAAGCUUCAGCCUCAGCCUCAGCUCCGGCCAUCCAACGUCAUCAGCAAUUCGUCUGGUUUGUCUCCUACGAGGCCCAGGGCAAUGGCAGCUAGUGUGCAAGAGGCUCUUCCACCAGCCCUUGCUUCGACUUCUGCCCCUCCUAAUUUAUUUGAUGGCACUACAAGGUUGUAUAUCUCUUACACUUGCCCCUAUGCACAGCGCGUCUGGAUCACCCGUAAUUGCAAGGGAUUGCAGGACAAAAUACAACUGGUUCCUAUUGAUCUAGAUGAUAGGCCUGCCUGGUAUAAGGAGAAAGUAUACCCACCAAACAAGGUUCCUGCUUUGGAACACAAUAACGAAGUCCGAGGAGAGAGUCUUGAUUUGAUGAAAUACAUUGACAAUGACUUUGAAGGGCCCUCACUUCUCCCUGAUGAUUCUACAAAGAGGGAGUUUGCUGAAGAUUUGCUAUCUUACACUGGCACUUUUUACAAGACUGUCGUCUCUUCAUUUAAAGAAGAUGUAAAUGUGACAGAAGCAGGUAAUGUGGCAAUUUCUGUCUUCCUGGUGUUCCUCUGGUUGAUAAUUACGAAACCUCAUAAUGCUACAGGCACUGCAUUUGAUUACAUUGAAUCUGCUCUCUCCAAAUUUGAUGGUCCUUUCUUUCUUGGCCAAUUCAGUUUGGUGGAUAUUGCUUAUGCUCCCUUUGUUGAAAGAUUUCGACCAUUUCUGAUGGAUGUGAAGAAUCAUGAUAUCACAGAAGGCAGGCCUAAACUAGCAGCAUGGCUUGAGGAGAUGAACAAAAUUGAUGCCUAUAAACAAACCUGUCAUGACCCGAAGGAGCUUGUUGAACGCUACAAGAAACGCUUCUUGGCACGUUUAUGAAUUCAUCUUUUGGCGUCAGAGUUUGAGAUCCUGGUAUGCGACAGUGGAGCAUGAAGUUCGAUUAGGGAAUCAAUGUGCUACACCUUAACCUUUCGUUUGGAUGAAGAAAAAAAUUGGGGGGGGGGGGGGAGAACUCUUAAAUAUAGUAAUAAAAAUACUAUUUUUAGAAAUUUUUUGUAAUUUUCUCUUCUCUAUUUUUUCUCACAUUUUCCUCCAUCCAAAUCAAACUCAAGAUCAUAAGGCACUAGGUUUUUUCAGGCAUACAUCUUAAGGCCAUGAACUUAACAGCAAAUGCUAAUGUUAUUUGCUUCUUCGAGUCAUGAACUUAACAGCAAAUGCCAAGAUGAACCCAAAAUGUGGACGUGGGAAUCUGAGGACGAAUGGUCCUAUGCGAGCGUGUCCCUGCUAUUGUCUCAUGACAAUAUUUUGAAAGCCACCUAUCUGAUCCGGUGGACAUCAUCGUUUAUGAGACACAAAUGAGAUGGUCCAAAAAUAAAACUGCAGAUGCUUUAGCCGCACUUCUCAUCUGGAA